AUGUCUAAAGAAGAUCCAAAUCAAGGCAAAGAAGCCUGUCCCGUUGAUGAAGCAACACGUUCAGCGUGGCUAAAGAAUAAUUCCACCAAACCACCUUUUCCUGGCGCCACCCCUCCCUCAAAGCCAGGCCCAAGUUGCGAUUCUUCAACCGUUGAUCAAACCCCUGCACCCACGCAAAGCCCCUCAAGUUUUUUGUCUCGACUAUUCCUAUGGGAUAAUUCAUCGUCCACUCCCUCUCAACCCCCAUCCGCCCCCUCAUCUGCUCCUUCACCCUCUCAACCCCGCCUAGUGAUACCCCCCUCACCCUCCCCCUCCACCCCAUCUACCUCUACACCUCACCCCGCAAACUCCGAAUCCGAAUCCGGCGCCUCCCCAACCGGAAAAUGGAUCUAUCCAUCCGAAAAAAUGUUCUUCGACGCCAUGAAGCGCAAAGGCCAUCAGAGUGACGCCGCAGAUAUGAAAACCAUUGUGCCGAUCCAUAAUGCUGUCAAUGAGCGGGCGUGGAAGGAGAUUCGGGAGUGGGAGGCUGGCUGGGGAAGUGAGAAAUGCGGUGGCCCCCGCCUUCAUUCUUUCCUUGGUAUUUCUAAGACCCUUUCUCCCAAAGCCCGCUUCAAUACACUCCUAGGCUAUACCGCGCCCUUUGACCGCCACGACUGGGUCAUCGAUCGCUGCGGCCAGAGAGUCGAUUACAUCAUAGAUUUUUACGCGGGCAAAGCAUCUCCCGAAGGAGACGGAAAGUUGAACUUCUUUUUAGACGUUCGGCCCAAGUUAAAUACGUGGGAGGGGUGGAAGAUGAGAGCUUGGAAGGUUGUAAAUUAG